GGACCACAAGACUUGCUAGUGCAAGACGGGGACAGAAUAGCCCAAUUGGUUAUCAUCCCCAUUUACCAGGGACAGGUACACAAAGGAACAGCCCCCAUCUUACAAACAGUAAGAGGAGAUAAGGGAUGUGUCUCUACUAACCUAAAUCCAGGGGCCAAAGUCUGGGUGAGGACAGAGAAAGGUCCCCCAGAACCAGCAGACAUUAUUGCAACAG